AUGAGCUCAAUUGAAACCAGAAAGAAGAUGGCAGACUUCAAACCGCGCAACAUCCUCAUCAUCGGCGCCACAGGGAAUAUCGGCCGCUUCAUCACUCAAUCCAUCGUUGCCGCACGAUCUGAAUUUGAUCGCGUCGCGAUCCUGACUUCUGCACCCGGUGCAGGUAGCGAGAAAGAAAAAUUCAUAAACGAAGAACUCAGGCCAAAGAAUGUUGAGAUCAUUGUUGGUGAUAUCAGUAAUGAGCAGGAUGUUUUGAAUGCUUACAAGGGAAUCGACACAGUAAUAUUUGCCCUAGGCCGAGGUGCUAUCAUCCCCCAAAUCCCACUCAUCAAACUCGCCGCCUCCCCGGGGUCUUCUGUGAAAUGGAUCUUCCCAUCCGAAUACGGCACAGACAUCAAAUACGGCCCUUCUUCUGCAGGGGAACCAACCCAUCAAGGCAAACUAAAAGUCAGAGAAUAUAUUGAAGAAGAUGACGAGAUCAAGAAUAGCGGUCUGAAAUAUACAUAUGUUGUGACGGGUCCGUAUCCAGAGAUGUUUCUCAAGGGAGACUCGGGGUAUACGAGUGGAUGGGAUGUGAAAUCCAAGAAAGCUUACCUCUUGGAGAAGGAUAAUAAGAUUAGCUUUACGACUAUGAAAGAUACCGGCGACCUCGUCCUCGCGGCCCUCCGCCACGCAGGCCCUGCAACAUUCAACAAAGCUCUCAAAGUGAAUUCAUACACUACAACUCCAGCUGAGAUUCAAGCAGAGUUUGAGCGUCAAGUGGGCAGUGGAUGGACCAUUCAAGAAGUCUCUAAUGAUGCGCUCAAAGAAUUCGAAAAGAUGGCUUGGAAGGAUGGUCGUCCUGAUGCAGCUCUGUUUACGUUGCGGCGUAUUUGGGCUGAGGGUGGUACGUUGUAUGAGAAGAGGGAUAAUGGUGUUAUCGGGGAGCCGGAGGUGGAGAGCUUGAAGGAUACAGUGGCCUGGUAUAUCAAGGCUUCUACCUGA